AUUGCUCGUUCGGUCUUUUUGUCUGCCCGCCAGCUUUUUUGUUUUCCUAGAUCAGUAUCUUUCGCGAGCGCAGGCCCACCAGCUUUUGGAGGCAGGUAAGAGCCAAAAGUCUCCGCCUCUAACUUUCGGUUUCACUCUCUACCGGGGACGCAUUUAUCGGGAUUACUUAUUUGUAACAGACAGUAGAAGCAUGGAGGUUGAAUACCCGGUACCUCGUAGGGACGAGAGUAAGGUUGACAUCUACCAUGGUACUGAAGUGCCAGAUCCAUAUGCCUGGCUGGAAGAUCCUGACAGUGAAGAGACAAAGGCUUUUGUAGAUGCUCAGAAUCAAAUCACCAUGCCUUUCCUUGACAACUCAUCAGUGCGAGAAAAGUUUAAGGAACGAAUGACAGAACUUUAUGAUUAUCCAAAGUACAGUUGUCCUUACAAAAGAGGGAAACGAUACUACUACUAUUAUAACAGUGGUCUGCAAAAUCAGAGUGUGCUGUAUGUUCAGGAUUCCUUGAACAGUUCAGCUCGAGUCUUCUUUGAUCCCAACAAACUCUCUGAGGAUGGAACAGUAGCGUUGCAAAUGGCCAAAUUCUCUGAGGAAUGCGAGUACUUUGCAUAUGGCUUAAGUUCCAGUGGCUCUGACUGGGUGACUAUUAAGUUUAUGAAAGUGGAUGAUGAGAAGGAGUUACCUGAUAUCUUAGAAAGGGUGAAGUUUAGCAGUCUGGCUUGGACACAUGAUGCAAAAGGAAUAUUCUACAACCGCUAUCCUGAUGAACCUGGAAAAGCUGAUGGCACUGAGACAACUAGUAACCUGAAUCAGAAAUUGUACUACCAUGUGAUAGGAACUGAACAGUCAGCAGAUAUUCUAGUUGCAGAGUUUCCAGAAAACCCCAAGUGGACCAGUGGAGCUACGGUAACAGAUGAUGGCCAAUAUGUAGUCCUGUCAAUCUCAGAGGGUUGUAAACCUGUCAAUCGUUUGUGGUAUUGUGAUCUGCGUCAACUUACUAAUGGGAUCACAGGGCUGCUGCCAUGGGUGAAACUGAUAGACAAUUUUGAUGCAAAGUACUCUUAUGUCACCAAUGAAGACACUUUGUUCACCUUCAGAACCAAUCUUAACUCUCCUCGUUACAAGCUAAUUAAUAUCGAUCUGAAAUACCCAGAUCCCUCUCAGUGGAAGACCCUGAUUCCGGAGCAUGAGAAAGAUGUUUUAGAUUUUGCUUCAUGUGUAAACCAGAAGUAUUUGGUGGUAGAUUAUCUCCAUGAUGUAAAAGAUGUUCUACACCUGUAUGACCUUAGCAGUGGUGUAUUUUUGAAGAACCUUCCACUGGAAAUUGGUACCAUUGCUGGAUUUAGUGGACGUAAACGGGACUCUGAAAUAUUUUAUAAGUUCACAUCUUUUUUAACCCCAGGAAUUAUUUACCAAUGUGAUCUUUCAUCUGAUAAUCCAGAACCCAAAGUGUUUCGAGAAGUGGAAGUGAAAGGGUUUAAUGUGUCAGAGUAUCAGACUGCUCAGGUAUUUUAUCCCAGUAAAGAUGGAACAGAAAUUCCUAUGUUUCUUGUUCACAAGAAAGGAGUGAAAUUGGAUGGCUCCAACCCAGUGUUCCUUCAUGGAUAUGGAGGUUUUAGCUGUUCACUACAACCAUACUACAGUGUUCAGUACCUUAUUUUUGUGAGGCAUCUUGGUGGGAUCCUUGCUAUUCCUAAUAUAAGAGGUGGAGGAGAAUAUGGGGAAACAUGGCAUGAAGAUGGAAUUCUGAACAAAAAACAAAAUGGAUUUGAUGAUUUCCAGUGUGCAGCUGAAUAUCUAAUCAAAAAUGGUUACACCUCCAGCAGGAAUCUGGCCAUUAAUGGUGCAUCCAAUGGAGGGCUUCUUGUUGCUGCUUGUGUAAACCAGCGACCAGAUUUAUUUGGCUGUGCAGUGGCUGAAGUUGGAGUCAUGGACAUGCUGAAGUUCCAUAAGUUUACCAUUGGUCAUGCCUGGACAACUGACUAUGGCUGUUCUGACGAUAAAGAACAAUUUAACUAUUUAAUCAGAUAUUCUCCUCUUCACAAUAUCAGUGUACCACCACAAGGCGUUCAGUACCCAGCUGUGCUGCUGCUGACUGCAGAUCAUGAUGACCGUGUAGUCCCUCUGCAUUCACUGAAAUACAUUGCCACAUUGCAGCAUAUUGUGGGUAAAAGUCCAAGUCAGAAAAACCCACUGAUGAUUAGAAUUGAUGUCAAAAGUGGGCAUGGUGCAGGAAAACCAACAUCUAAAAUCAUCCAGGAGGAAUCUGAUAUCUUUACUUUUGUUGCUGAGACCUUAAACCUCAAGUGGCUGGAAUAAUGAUCUAUGUAGAAGCAGGCAUCCCACAGCACCAAGCAUCAGUACACUCGAAGUAGUUGAGAAGAUCAUUGUAACUAACAUAAACACUAGAAUUAUAACUUGAAAAAAAUGUAAUAUUGUGCAUGGACUUGAGUUUCUACUCUAAUUCAGGUGACUGUUAUAUAUGAGUGACUAUUUUCCUUAAGCGAAAAAAAAAAUUCCUUCAGCGCUGAUUUAUUCCCAGAUGUGUUUUGUCUACAUUGCAUUUUAUGCAUUCAGAGUUGAAUGUAGAAUAUUCUUGCCUAGGAUAAAGAAUGAACGGACGGACACAGUUACUGUAAUCUUAAAGUAUGAAUGUCAUCAAGUGUUUAAGGAGCAUCCUGAAUGCUCAGUACUGCUUCUUAAGUAAUGAUUUAUUAAGUUAGAUUUUUUUAAGUGCAAUAUUGUCUGAAAUGAUUUUAAUUAAAUUUUAUUUCUUUUUCCACA